AUGGAGAGCAGCAGCAAAGUGACGGUGCAGGUGUUUUUCCUGUUGCUGGUGGUGCAGGUGACCCUCACCCAGCACUGGUCGUACGGCUGGCUGCCGGGGGGGAAGAGAAGUGUGGGAGAGCUGGAAGCCACCAUCAGGAUGAUGGGGACGGGUGGUGAGGUACCUCUUAUGGAAGAUCCCCGAGAUCCUGCCCUGGAGAGACUGAGACCAUACAGUCUGGUCAACGACGACGCCGUUCGCUUCCAGAAGAAGAAAAGGUUGCUACACGACUGA